AACUCUCUUCCCACGCAUAAUCAAAGCCGACAGUCGAUAUGGCCGACAAAGAGGCGACUGUUUACAUUGUGGACGUCGGGCGGUCGAUGGGCAAGAAGCACCAUGGUCGUGACAAGACCGAUCUUGAUUGGGCGCUGCAGUACUUCUGGGAUAAAGUCACGUCCGCCGUCAUGACAGGUCGGAAAACAUUGAAUAUUGGUGUAAUUGGUCUGCGCACAGAUGGUACCAACGUUUCUGAUGCCGGCGUCAAUGACCCCGAAGGAUACGAGAAUAUCACUGUUCUACAGACUUUGAAGCAGACUAUGUUGUCAGAUGUGCGCGAAUUGCAAGCAAAGCUUGUUCCAAGUGCUUCUGAUGAAGGCGACGCAAUAUCUGCCGUCGUUGCUGCAAUUACGAUGAUAGCCAACGCCACCAGAGGCAAAACUGGCAAACCGCUUCAGUAUAAACGGAAAAUCGUCCUCAUUACUAGCAGUCUGGGCUCUAUGGACCCUGAAGACAGUGAUCAACUAGACGCCAUUGUAAGCAAGAUAAAAGAAGAUGGGAUCCAGCUAGUUCUUAUCGGAGUGGACUUUGACGACACUGAAUUCGGCUUCAAGGAGGAAGAUAAAAGUGAUGAAAAGGCUGAAAUCGAAGAAUACCUCAAAAAGCUCACCGAUGACUGUGGCGGUGUAUUUGCUACUCUUGCCGAAGCCGUGGAAGGAAUAGACACUCCCGAAACGAAGAAAACUCGACCUGUCAAGUCCUAUCAGGGCACACUGACUCUAGGCAACCCCGAGAAGUAUGAUUCUGCCAUGACCAUCAACGUCGAACGCUACCCCCGAACUUCAAUUGCACGUCCUAUAACUGCAAAAACCUGGUUCAUCAAACGCGAUCCCGCAGCAGAAGACGGUACCCAGUCAACACACACUGUCACUGAAGACCCCGGAGACGGGUCAAAUGAAGAAACUCUAGGUGGGGUUAAGACCCAGCGCUUUUUUCAAAUCGAAAAAGAAGGCGAAACUGGUGCGAAGAUAGAUGUCCCGCAAGACCAGCUGGAAAGCGGCUAUGCGUAUGGUCGAACCGCUGUGCACAUAGCCGAGAGCGACAGAGUCAUAUUGGAACUCGACACUCUGCCUUCUCUUGAUAUCAUUGGCUUCAUACCAGAGGAUAAGUUUGAACGAUACUUGGCCAUGACCAAGACCAAUGUCAUCGUCGCUCAAAAAGGGAACGACAAGGCUAGUCUAGCACUCUCCUCAUUCAUCCACGCAUUAUACGAGACAGCCUCGUAUGCAGUUGCUCGAUUCGCUGCAAAAGAACGGAAAAAUCCAUUGAUACUGCUGCUUGCCCCUCUGAUCGAGCCAGACUUCGAGGGCUUGAUUGACUUCGAGCUCCCUUUCGCUGAGGAUGUUCGCGAUUACAAGUUUCCUCCACUUGACAAGAAGGUCACCGUGGCUGACAAAAGCCUGACGCAACAUCGAGAUCUACCGACACCGGAAUUGAUGGAUGCCAUGAGCGCGUAUGUCGACGCUAUGGACCUGUCGACUUUCGGCACCGACGAUGAUGGCAACUCGGCUGAAUACAUGCCCAUGGAUGAGACCUACUCUCCCCUCGUCCACCGCGUCCACCAAAUCGUCCGCUGGCGCGCUACCAAUCCCACCGCAGAAGAGUUGCCCGACCCCCCUCCCAUCCUAACGAAGUAUUCCACUCCACCAGCCGAGCUCGCAGAAGCAUCAAAACCUCAGCUCGAAGCGCUGAUGCUCGCAGGCGACGUCAAGAAAGUGCCCCCCAAACAAGCCAGCCGCAAACGCACCCGCGAGCGCGAAAAGCCCCUCUCGGGCCUCAACGUCGACGAGCUCCUCAGCGCGCACCCCAAGCGCGCCCGCGUCGACCCCAUCAACCCCAUCCCCUCCUUCAAGCAAACCCUCGCCACCACCGACAACAUCGACACGUUCAAAACCGCCGUCGCCGACCUCGCCAAGGUCGUCUACUCGUACAUCACCAACUCCGUCGGCGACGCGCGCUACGGCCAGGCGCUCGAGUGCAUCCGCGUCAUGCGCGAGGAGAUGACGGAGCUCGAGGAGCCGGCGCUCUUCAACGGCUUCCUGCACGAGCUGAAACGCAAGAUUUUCGCGGGCGAGUUGGGUGGGAACCGCCGGGAUAUGUGGAUGAAGGUGCGGAUGAAUCGGGUGGGGUUGAUUGAUCAGAAGCUGAGCCCGUUUUCCGAGGUGACGGAGGAGGCGGCGAGGGAGUUUUGGAAGCCGCCACCGCCGCCAGCUUGAGGGGCGUGCAGAGCUUCUGUCUCUGUCCAAAAACAGGCAGGCGUUGGAGGUUGGGGGAUGCGUAGCU